AACUGUGUUGUGAUUGUCUAGUGACGUCAUUCAAGUGCGCCCCGUUUGUGUACGUGCAUGCCCUGUGCAGAUCUGCCAAAUGUCAUGACUGCUGUAACACUACUUUGCUGUCUUUUUUGAGGGCUGUUUGGUGUUUGUGUUAAUUUUUGUUAAUAUGCGUGGGUUCACCUUAGCUGCCAUUUUGUUCCGCCCGCUGUGCAAAGGAAUAAGUCCUUCCAAAUUAACAGGACGCUUACCGCGAAAUACCAGAGGCUAUGCAGUAAUUCCGCCUCCUAAGAACAGCAAGGAGAAAGCGUUGCUAGAUGCAAUGCUGCGGGUUGACCACGCAGGUGAAUAUGGUGCAAACCGCAUAUAUGCUGGGCAGAUGGCAGUGUUGGGAAGGAGUCAAUCCGGACCCCUUAUUCAGCACAUGUGGGAUCAAGAAAAAGAACAUCUUAAAAAAUUCAAUGAAAUCUUGGCUGAGAACCGGGUACGACCAACAGCACUACUACCCUUCUGGAAUAUCGCUGGAUUCAUGCUUGGGGCUUCCACUGCACUGCUGGGAAAGGCUGGGGCCAUGGCCUGUACUGUGGCCGUGGAGGAGAGCAUCUCUGAACACUAUAACAGCCAGAUAAGGGCCCUCAUGGAGCUGGACCCUGAGAGGUACAGAGAGCUCUUACAGAUAAUUAAGCAGUUUCGCGAUGAAGAAAUGGAACAUCACGACACAGGUCUGGACCAAGAGGCAGAAUCUUUGCCUGGAUACCAAAUUUUGAAGACUGCAAUUCAAGUUGGCUGUAAAGCAGCCAUAUAUGUUUCAGAGCGCAUCUAGGAUCACUGUAGGCCCUUCACAUUUCACCGACAGAGCAGCAGCCUGAGGAUCCUUCUAAGAACUGGCCAUGAGUGCGGGCGGCUGUUGGGAAAUGGCGCCCUCAGGUGGUGAAAGGGUGUAGGGAUGAAAGGCGCCGCUGUGUAAACGUCCAGACCCCGCGCAGCUGAUGGAUUGAGCUGUGAGCCCCUCGCGUCCCUGGAGGCUGGGCCACUCACUUUCAAGUCUGCGCUAUUUUUCUCAGGAUGAAGUCACACCGUGUGUUUUUUUUUAACUCUGAGGAUUACGUGUCAGACCAGACCCUAAAAGUUAGCAAGCAGUGUGUGUGUGUGUGUGUGUGUGUGUGUGUGUGUGUGUGUGUGUGUGUGUGUGUGAGAGUGAGUUUGUGUGCGAUUGUGUGUGUUUGCACUUAUGUGUUUGAGUGGCUCCAGUUGCCUGAAAUAGGCCUGUCACCCCUUAGAUGGACAAAACUACUAAAAUGAAUGAAGAGUCCGAUGGAAGGACCACUCCAGUAAGCCAUAGCAGAGGACUUUCACCCAAAAGAUGAUUUAAAGCAUCUUGCAUAACCAGUCAUAACUUGACACCCCCUUGGACGUGGAGAAGUGACACAUUCAUUGACUUAUGUGCCAUUUAAUUGAGUUUUACUGCUACAAGUUAUAUAUGUUGAAGUGGAAUGAUAUGACUAAAUGAAGAUGUUUUGAGCCCAGCAAAGUAGUGGGCAUCACUCCAUAUAAAUAAGCAGUGACUCAUUGUCCUCAUAAAUCACUGCUCCCCCCUUUCACUACUGUUGCAAAACAGUCUAUAAAUUAUGGGGAAAGAGCCAGUCUCUUCGCUUUUACGUUAAGAGGUGCUUAAUGAUCAAAGAAGUAUUAUUAAUGCAAGCCGUUGGUGUGUGGGAAUGGCCCAAAUUAGAUGUGUUUAUGUGAUAAACUGAUUCCUGAUUACAAGCUGUUAAUUUGUGAGUAUGUGCAGUUGCCCUUGGCUCAAAGUCUUCUGUCAGCCUCAAGGAGUUCCAAAUAGAAUGUUGUUGCUGUGGGUGGUAACUGAUACCAACAAUAACUUAAUGUGGUGACACUUUACUUCAACCCAGCUUCCCUAACGCAUUAUAAACACACAUAAAGGGUUAUAAAGUAUUCAUGAUGCUCCAUAUUGAUUGUCAUAAGUCUAUAUCAUAAAGCGUACGAUCAUAUAUAGUAUCAUAAUGCUUAAUAAAGCUUCUUUUACCUCCUGAUAAUGGCACUGAUGACAUCCUUGCCUUAUGUCGACCUGUUGACAAAGCUGUUUAUUUACCACAUGCUCUUAAUAAAUCCAUAUCCAUGUGACCCCACACAAGCUAUCAUAAUAUUAGUUGUGUAGGGUUUAUACUAUAUCAUUAGGCUGUACGAGUGCACUCAUUUAUAUUUAUACAUAGUUAUUACAUAGACUUGUGUCAGUCGCUAUGAUGCAUUAUGAUUACUUUAUAAACAUUCUAUAAAUGUGUUUAUAAUGCUUUAUGGAUACUGAGUUUAAGUGAAGUGUCACCCUUAAUGUUUCUCUGUCCAUUUCAAAUAAAGGUAUUGUGAGUUAUGGUA